AUGAAACUUAUAGUUUGCAAUGAACUUCAAAGUAUAGAUACAACAAAAGUUUUGAACUCAGAUGCUUUGAAGAGUCUUAUAACAGACAAAGUUGGAGUUGUUGAAAGAAAGUAUAAAGACCAAAGAGUUUGUGAAAAUGUUGCAAACUUCAUUAUGGUUUCAAACAAUGCUGUUCCGAUGAAGUUAGAAAGUUCUGACAGAAGAUAUGUAGUUGUCAGAACGUCAGAUUCUCAUAUGCAAGAUACAGAAUAUUUUGACGACUUAGCAGAAACUUUGACAUCUGACUUUUACAACCACUUGUUCUCAUAUUUUAUGACAUUAGAUAUUUCAAAGUUCAAUCCAAGACAAAUUCCACAUACCGAAGAGAGACAAACAUUGUUAGAAGCAAACAAGAGUGUAUAUGAACUGUUCAUAGAUGAAACUGACUUUGAGUGUUUAGAUGAAAGGUCAUUGUACGAUUCGUAUAAACAAUAUUGUCAAGAAUAUGGUUAUAUGACAGCGUCUAAACGAACAUUCUUGGCAAAUGUCAAAAGUCUUUUAGACGUACAGAAUGGUGUAUAUACAAAGAAAAAUUUUUAUGA